AUGGGGUACAUGAGCAAGAAGAAGAAGGGGGACAAGGGUAGCAGUACUAUUAGUAUCCCCCCUCGACGAGAAUUGACUCAAUCCCAAUCGCAACAUCAAUCAGGACCUCCUCCACCACCCAAACCAGAGGAUGAUCUCUGUCUCCCACCAGAAAGCAAGACGUACUUGACGAUUGGUCAAGAUUUGUUUUCCAUUCAAGAGUACAUUCAAGAACAACAGAAUGCCAGUUUGCACUGGUACAUGAAACGACAACAACGCCAUGGUAGCGUGCCCAUGCCGGUCCCCCGCACAGACAAUGUCAUUCCCGCCGCGUUAAUGGUCUACACGGACAUUCAAACCUUGCGGGGAUUGGAUCAUCCCGUCGAUUACGGAACCGGCAUUGAAUAUGCCGAUGGUGCGCUGCGCAUGGCAUCGCCACCCACCAAUCCACUCGGCGUCGGACUGCAAAUUGGAUUGUGGUUGAAUGGGACGCAAGGUUGUCGCGAUAUUGUCAGCGGAAAACUCGAUGAUAAUGUCAAGCGGUUGGUGUAUUAUAUAGGAGUGCAAAGUCCUGCCAGUAAGGUAUUUCUACGAAUUGGUUAUGAAUUCGACAACCCCGACUUUAAUUACGCACACGAUCCCAACCUCUAUCGUCAAGCAUUCAGUUAUAUUGCACGCAAAUGUCGAAAACACAAAGCUUGUCAACGACGGACUGAAAUGGUAUGGCAUUCCUGGGGUGCUGGAUUGCCCUACAACACCACCUUGCAAGAUUUUUAUCCCGGCAAUGAUUGGGUCGAUUGGAUUGGCGUCUCGGUGUUUCAACAAUUCUACCCCAUUCUUCAUCGCACAUACGGUGGCACACCCCAAGAUUUGCACAAUGUCUUGGAGUUUGCCGCCGCGCACGGCCGUCCCACCAUGAUUGCCGAAUCGACACCGUUUGGUGGUAUUCACAACAAUCCGCACAUUCCCACCACGACCGAUAUUUGGACUGCCUGGUUUGCACCCACACUGGAUCUCAUUCGAAAAUACGAAAUUGGCAUGUGGUCGUACAUUAAUUGUAAUUGGGAAGCACAACCGGCAUGGAAGGGUGUGGGAUUUGGUGAUACCCGUCUCAGUAUCGAUCCAAUGAUUAUGGAACAGUGGCACGAACAUGUCAUUGCCAGUCGACGAUUCGUUCGAGCCAUUGACUACGAAUUGUGUGGCAACUAUCCCGGGGACUAUUACAAUGAUCACGAGUUUGACUAUGUCUCCCAGUACGAUUAUGACCACCACUAUCGCAGUAAAAGUGCUGGUAGUCACGAUGAUGACGACGAUUUCUUUCGAAAACGCAACAAUAAUCAAAAAGAUUAUCCGCGACGCUACGACUAUUUCAAGUGGCGAUUUGACGAUGAUGACGAUAAAGUCAGCAACGACGAUGGCAACAAGUGGAUCUGGGGCAAGGAACGCAAUGACGGCCGUGGCGAUGCACUCUGGAAUGCUGUCUUGCCUAUUGUCAUGCUGUCUUCGUCGCUCGCAAUCAUGUUUUUUAUCUUUAAUACGACAAACCGCAAAUCCUUUCGGGCUCGGAUGCACCGAACUCCCCGAGCGCAACGCGUUCGAUUUGCCCGUUUGGACGACGAGGAUGAUCCAGACGAUGAAUCCGUUGCCUUGUACGGGUCGAUUGUUGCCACUGAUGACGACAACACCAGCGUCAUGAGUGAGCGUGACAGCCUGCUCUUGAAGAAACGACCCGUCCGACGUGUAACGCCACAACUCAUUGUGGCCAACACCGCAGAUGGUUUCACCCUGGUUGCAUAGCUACGGUGUCGGUAGUCACCAGCCACGUGCAUCUUGAAGAUGCAAUUUGGUUUCGAUCCCUUUAGAAAGUCUCACCGCACCCUCCGUGGGUGGGUGCGACACAAGCAACAACCCACGUU